AUGGUUUCUUCACAACACCCGCUCAAUGUGCGGCCCCUGGGAAACCGGUACCUAGUAAAUGAACCUUCAGACGGUCCUACUAGAGAAGAGCUCAUGGGUGAUUUUUCCUUGUUUCCGGAGGAAUUUCUUCUCGAACUUUUUGGCUACGUCGAUGACGCUGAAUCACUCAAAAAGCUCAGCCACACCUCCAGAGUGCUCUACGCUUACUUGUACGAUGAGGAGCUCUGGAAGAAACACUACACUACAAAAACACAGUCACUAGAAAGACAAGGCCUAGAACCGCCCAAAAUCCACUGGAGAGGGCUGUGGAGACGCUCCAUUCUUGGACUCGACGCCCAAUACGAAGCAAAACCGAAAAUCCCAGGAAAUUCGCUCUGUUCAGAUACCCUUUUCCGGCCUUUCCAGUGCUCGCAGGUCGACUACGCUUCUAUCUUCAAAAGGGUGAUCAAGGAGGAGGAAUUGUACCACAGAGACAGCUUGGCCACGCAGGUACCUCUAGAUAACGAUUUGCCGGAAGGCAGAAUUCCUCGUCUUCCUGAAUCCUACUUGACCCAGGAUGUCUUUGAUAAGUCAUGGACAAACAGGCCCUUCAUUCUCACAAACAGCGAUUCGUCCAGAUGGCCACACUGGGACCUUGCGGCGCUUCUAGAGCGUUUUGCAGAUGUCAAGUUUCGUCAAGAAGCUGUCCAAUGGCCGUUGUCGUUGUACUCUCAGUAUCUCGCUGAUAAUCGAGACGAAAGUCCAUUGUAUCUUUUUGACUGCAACUCCAAGGCCAUGCAGACGCUUAAAAGCGAGUACCUUGUGCCUGAAAUUUUCCAAAACGACGCCUUCAAGGUUUUUGAACAAUGCCGUCCUGACCAUGCCUGGCUUAUUAUUGGUUCCCAGCGUUCUGGAUCCACAUUCCACAAAGACCCUAAUUGCACCCUGGCUUGGAACGCAGCGUUAGUAGGAAGAAAACUCUGGAUCAUGCUUCCUCCAGAAAUCGUGCCUCCUGGAGUCAGUACCGAUGAUGACGAAAGUGAAGUUACCAGUCCUGUGGGCAUUGCCGAAUGGGUCCUUUCUGGAUUCUACAACGACUGUGUCAAUAACACCUCAGCGCAAAUCGGUAUAACCUUCCCUGGCGAGUGCAUGUAUGUGCCUUGUGGCUGGUGGCAUAUGGUGAUCAACCUUGAUGACAGUGUUGCACUUACGCAAAAUUUUGUUCCGCUGGUCCGUCUAGGCAACGCCUUGAAUUUCAUGAAAAACAAGAAAAAGCAGGUUUCCGGUUUCCGCCCUGCCGAAGUGAAGCAUGCCUUGGAUGAGAUUUUGGCUAGUUGCAAGGAUGAGGAGGAUGCUGAAGCUAUACGAAAGUGGAUACGCAAGUUUGACGAGCUCAACCUUCAGGAAAACUUACAGAACGAGGAUUGCGGAGAAUUGUUGGAGUGUGAGCUUCCGGCGAUGCCCAUUCUUGAGCUUUUCAAGUUGUUACUUGCGAAAAACGGAAAGGAUGUUGAAUUGGCCCGAGGGCUUGAGGAUUUGGCCAAGCUCGAAAAAGCCGAAUUGGCCAAGCUUACGGGAAAGAGUGAAACAUGGACGAAGCUUACGGAAGCUCCGCUGUUUAGUUUUGGCUUUGCCUUGGAUGAGUAA